AUGGUCAGCAGCACCAACGAAGUGCGGAGGACGGUGCAGGAGAGGCCGGUGGUGGUGGUGGGGCGGCCGGAGUGCUGCCUGGCGGUCGUCGCCCGGCACCUGCUCCUGCGGCAGGGCGUGAACCCGGCGGCCCUGGAGGUCAGCUACGACGCCGACCCUGCGGCGCUCGUGUACGCGCUCCGGGCCAAGGACGACAACACCAAGUUGGUCACCGACGUCGCCUUACCGGUGGUGUUCGUCGGAGGUAGGCUGUUGGGUGGGCUGGACCGACUCAUUACCAUGCACAUCGCCGAAGAGCUCGUGCCGCUCCUGAGGCAGGCAGGUGCCCUGUGGCUCUGA